UUCACUCUUCAGUAGAACUUGAAAGGGACUCAUUGCUUAACAAUGAUAAUUUCUUCUCUUUCAAUUGAAACAAGAAGGAAAAAAAAAAAACAACAACUAAUCACUAAUCCCCACACAAACACAUAGCUGCACGCUUCGGAGUUUCAAUUUCUUACACUCUUCACAGUCUUUUUAAUGGCGAUGAAGCAUAGAAAACUCUUUCCAGCUUUAACAGCAACAAACCAAACAACAGACUGUCCAGAUUUCUGCGACCCAGCCUGCCCUUAUAACUGCUAUCCUUAUGCUGAUUAUUAUUUCUUGCCGCCUCCGCCUCCGCCUCCUCCUUCUACUCUUAUACCUCCGGAGCAUCGCAUAUCACCAUAUGUAAUCGUUAUAGUUUCUUUACUAGCUAGCUUCUUUCUGUUUGUUAGUUAUUAUGUUAUUAUAGCUAAGUCUUGCCCUAGUUGGUUUUUUUCAAGAAAUAACCAAAACCCUGGAGCUGAAGAAGAUGAUAAUAUAGAUGAAGAGCUUCUUGAUGAGAACCAAAUUGAUCAUCCUAUCUGGUUUAUUACUACUUCAGGUUUGCAGCAGUCGAUUAUUAAUUCAAUUACAGUUUGUAAGUACAAGAAAGGUGAAGGUUUAAUUGAAGGAACGGAAUGUUCUGUCUGCUUAAGUGAGUUUCAACAAGAUGAGACACUCAGGCUAUUGCCUAAAUGUAGCCAUGCUUUUCACAUUUCUUGUAUUGAUACUUGGUUAAGGUCUCAUACUAAUUGCCCUCUAUGCCGUGCCCAUAUUGUCAAUGACUCUGUAAUUACUCCUCUGGUUUCAGUUAAUCAGAAUUCUGAUAAUUCCAAUCAAACUGUUAGUAUCCAGAUGGAUGAUACUGAAAUUGAAGGUGAAUUAGGUAAUAUUCAAGAAAGAAAUGAAGUUUGUGAAAUCAGAGAAGAAACAGAGGAGGGAACUGAAGGAGUAAAUGUUGGUAAUGGAAGAACGUUGAAAGAGGAUUCAAUUUGUGGUAUUCAGCCAAUGAGAAGGUCUGCAUCAAUGGAUUCUUUUGAAGGUGGGACUAUUUGCGCCGUUGAAUUACAGGAAAGUUCAGUUAAUGAAAUUGAAAAAACAGAGCAUUCUUGUUCUCAUCCAGGCAUUGUUUCAAACAGACAUGGUGGUUCUUCAAUUGCACAAUAUUUGCAUAAAGGUCCUGUUCCUAUGAAAAGAUCAUUUUCAUGUGGUGGUAGAUUUUUCUCAUCAAGACAAAUCAGAAACUUGAAUUCGAUUCUACCAUUGUAAAGAAUCAACUUGCUCUUUUUUGGUACAUAGUAUUGCAAGAGAUACCUGCAUACUGAGGCUUAGCACAAAGCCAUGCACGGGAUGUGCUAAAGAAAAUGAGAAAAAAGAGUUAAGUUAGAAGGAAUAACAUGUUUUUCAAGUUCCAUAUCACAAAAAAAUUGUGAUUGAGCUGAUGCCUUAAAGGAGAAGGUAUUGUUUCCACCAUUGUCAACGACACAUUGUUCUAUUAUUUUUCUUUUUAAAUUUCGAUGUGUGAAAAAUGUUUCUGCAUAAAUGAACCAUAUAUUUGGUCUUAUGAUUUUCAUUUC